UAAUUAAGGGAAAAAUAUAGAACAUUGGGCGGUGGGCCGACUUGGGUCGGGCAAAAUCCGUAUUUUACAGUUACGCGGUGUCCAUAUAGCGUAGCAUCACCUCUAUUCCCCUCGCCGUCUCAGUCGUCGCCAUCCAGUUUACCGAACCCUUUAAUCUCCUCCCCUUUUUUGGUUUCUUGUUUAUUAAAUAAAGACAUCGCGCUCACAAAAAUGGCCCAAGGUAGCGUAUUGGCAGUUACAGACAAUGCAGUGGUCUCACUCAAUGAAGUUCUGAAUGCUGUUAGGAUGGUCAAGAAGGAGGCUAUUGAAGAGACUAAUCCUUUGAGGAUUAUCACUCAAGCUUCAUCUCUAAGUUCUUUGCCGGUGGAUUCAUCAUCCAUUGAUCUUGUCGUAUUCAUUGGGAAGUCAUCUGAUCUUUCUAGUGAUAAGUUGUUUGAGGAAUUUUCACGAGUGUUGAAAUCUGGUGGAGAGAUCUUUAUCCAUCAAACUUCUGAUGAUGCCAAGGAGACAGUGAAAUCUUCUCUUGAACGCAAGCUAUUGGUUUUAGGGUUUUCGGAUAUAGAGGUGGUUCAGAUGGCAGAACCACAAUCUUUUGGGAUUAAAGGUAAGAAACCUACUUGGAAGAUCGGUUCAUCGUUCUCCCUUAAGAAGCCAGUGAAAAGCUUACCAAAAGUCCAGAUUGUUGAUGAUAUGGAUCUUAUUGAUGAGGAUAGUCUUUUAUCUGAAGAGGACUUGAAGAAACCUCAGCUCCCACCUGUUGGUGACUGUGAAGUUGGAAGCACUAGGAAAGCUUGCAAAAAUUGCACAUGUGGGCGCGCUGAAGAAGAGGAGAAAGUGCAAAAGCUGGGAGUUACUAUGGACCUGUUAGAAAACCCCAAGUCAGCUUGUGGCAAUUGUGGAUUGGGUGAUGCUUUUCGAUGUGGCACAUGCCCUUAUAAGGGUCUCCCUCCUUUCAAGCUGGGCCAGAAGGUGACCUUAUCUGAAAACUUCCUUGCUGCUGACAUCUAGGAUUGACAAAUGUAAACAAAAUGCACCAGAUACCGAACCAUUGAAGUGCGUUCAACUUGGAUCAGUGUGAAGCCAUGGUGAAUGUUAUUAUGUUUUUAUAUGUUAUGUGGAUUUUACCUCAGUUUUGUGGUUCAUACCCAUAUAUAGGAUGCUGGUUCUGGUGUUGAUUUUUAAUUGUCGUCAUUUAUAAUAUGUUAUAGCCAUUUUCACC